GGGUGGGAAGGUGUCAUUUGAGCAUUUGGUCCCCACAGCCCGCAACGCCGAAGUUCUGAGGGCAAUGGAUUGGAGCUCCAUGUAUGAGGACGAUGCGGCGACAAGUCAUGACCGAUCGAAGGAUGAAAUGGCCAAGUUGCUUGUCGCCGCGUCGCUGAAUGAAGAAGUGGAGAUUGGCGAGACGCGGUCCACGCGUGCAGCUCACCAGCUGAUGUCAUAUUCGUUGUCGCGAUCUCUCAGCUUCAACCCCGUUGACAUCGACCCAUCGGCCUCCGGCUACACUCCACUUGUAGCGUACUCGUUUACGGUCAAUUACAUCUUGGGCGUCGGCAGUCUCGGCGUCCCAUAUGCUUUGUACAAGGCCGGCGUGGUAUUUGGGUCAAUCUUGCUCAUUCUUGUGUCGUUUAUCUCAUACGUGACCGUGAUGUGGGUCAGUGAAGCCACUGCCCGGGUACGCGACAUGGACGCGAAGAAUUCUAAAACCAAGCUACUGCGUGAUCCGUUCCAUUUCCCCGAAGUCACAACUCUCUGCGACCGAUUCAUGGGAGUGGUUGGUGCGGCCCUGUACCAAGUGUCGUUGCUGGGUCUUAUGUACGGUGGGCUCUUGGGUUAUUCUCAAGUGUUUGUCAACAGCGUUGUGUCCCAAUUGCCGUCGACUUUGGCAUGCAGCAGCACUUUGGUGGCAGUGGUGUUUGGCCUGGUAGUGGUGCCGCUGUCUUGCGUGGAUUUAAACGAACAAAUCCACGUGCAAGUCGUCAUGGCCAUAGUGCGUUUCGUCGCAUUGACCACAAUGAUUGUCAGUGCUUUCGUCGCACUCUUUGUGGACUCCCAGGACAGUGGCACGUCAAGUCCAAUUUCGCAAGGGCCACCUUAUGCCAGUGACGUUCCAUGGAUCAACUUGGACUCGUUUGGUCUUCUCUUCAGCACCACUGUGUUUUCCCAGCUGUUUCAGCACUCCGUGCCAGGGCUGCUGGCCCCCUUGGCUCGCAAAGACCAACCUAAAGCGCCGUCAAUCUUUGGCUACGCGCUGCUGACCACAACGUGUUUCUACUUGGCGCUGUCAUUGUCGUGUUGUUACUACUUUGGUCCAAAGAUCAGCUCCAGCGUCAACUUGAAUUGGGCGUCCUUUUCGUGGGGAAUCGACGGGGCCAUACCAAUUUGGGCCAAAUUCUUGUCACUUCUGGUCGUGUUGUUUCCUGCCCUGGACACACUCAGCGUGUUUCCCCUGAUUGCGAUCACGCUUGGGGACAACUUGGCUGCGUCGCUGAAAGGUCGCGUUGUCUGGCUCAACCACAAACGCCUUGUCUGUCGCCUCAUCGCGUCGAUUCCUCCCUUGAUUGUCGCUGUCCUUGUCACGGAUCUGUCGGUGACUCUUCAAUUUUCUGGAAUUUUUGGACUAUACGUGGCGUUCAUCACCCCUGCGCUGUUGCAGCUCUUUUCUCAACGAGAAGACCCAAGACCGAAUGUUUACAGUGGACGGUUCAGCUCGGAGGGGUACAUUUUCGCGGUGUUGGGGUUUGGUGGUGUUGCCCUCAUCAUCGCGAUUGUGCAAGUGGUUUACAACGCCUAGCGUCCUCGCCCAGACAUUAUGAUAGCCAUUCAUCGACGCACGAAAUCAAUAUUUCAGUAUUGUGCGGUUAGCCACACUCUGCGGCAUGCGGUUCGUCGAGGUUGAAAAAUGGAAAGUAGUUUAAAACCUCGAGCUCGUCAUUUUGAGUAAUUUGGUUAUUUCUUUCA